GUAUGUGUAGGAUAGUGUUAAUGUGCAGGGAUCAUUUGUUGACGUGGACACGGUGGGCCGAAUUGCCUGUUUCCGCGCUGUAUCUCUACAACAAAAACUAAAAAACGUUUGGUGCAGGGUAUAUCCAUUAAGAUCCAAUCAAAGAUAGUCCAAGGGCUGAAUGGCCUACUCAUGCACCUAUUUUCUAUGUUUCUAUCUAUGUUUCCUUCCUCUCAUCAUUAUGGGUGUGAAUAGAUCGAUGUUUGGUGUGGACUCACUGUGCCCAAGCUCCUGUUUCCUGUUUCUACAGCUCUGCAUCUAUCUCAUAUCAUUCCUUUCCACUCAUUAAACUGCUACUUAAAACAACUGCUAUUUCAAAGUUAUCUGGAGAAUGCAUGAUCUAUAUAGACAUUUGUAAACUCCUAAUAUCUGGCUCAUUUAUUUGGCAACUUGCACUGCUUGAUAGCUGUAAUGUGAAGUAAGUUGAAGUAUAUAACAUUAGCACAUUUUGUGUGUAAAUGUAAUUUGGAAUGUAUUUAACAUUUAUUUUGCCUCAGAUUGGAAUUGACGUUCAUCAAACCAAUUGCAUCCAAUUUGCAGUCCUGCGUUAUUACUUGGAAACAAAAUGGGAUUGGAUGCAGAAACAAAAAGAAAUUGGCAAAAAUUUCAUGUGGAGGUUCGUCAGUGGAUGAAGAAAUCAACAGAAUUCAUUGUGGAACUGCGCUCAAUUGCUGAUGCAAUUGUCGAUUAUCAUAAAGAUGUCAUCAUCGCAAAAAAAGAAGGAACUAAAACACAAGGCUUGGGGGGAGUCAUAGGUUUCACAGGACUAGUUGCUGCUCCUUUCACAUUCGGAGCCUCGCUAUUGCUCACUGGGGCGGGGAUGACGGUGGCCAUGGCUGGUAGGAAAUCUAACAACAAUUCUGAUUCUGCUAAUGAAGCAUACCAUAAAAAAAACCAGGAAAAAGUGAAUGAAAUUGUGGAACAAUACCUAAAAAUCACUAAACGCCUGACAGAUAUAUUAACUCAGCUCAACCCAUCCUUGAUUGAGAUUGAAAAGAAGAGGAAACCAGCUGCAGACUUUAUUAGUGUCGCCCAGGGUCUGGUGAACAGGACUCAGGAUGCAUUGAGAACAAUCAGAACUGUGUCAGGAGUUCUGGCAGAGCUCAGGUUGGCAUGGGAUAUCUUUCCCAUAAUGAAAGGCGUGGAAGUACUUGGAAGAAAGAUAACUGAAAUAUCAACGAUGAUCAGUCAGAUAGCUACAAACAUGGAGGAGGAAAGGGGCAAGUUUCAGAAAGCACUUUCAGAUAUCAAGGGGUGCGAUGUUGAAGGAAAUUCUGGUUGGUUAAUGAUCAUACAGAGAUCAAAUUAAUAACUCUGAUUUCACUCUCCCUUAUUCUUUACAAACCAGCCUUCAUUAUACUUUGCAGCUUCAGUUUUUGUUUCUAUUGUUGAAAUUCAUAUAUUCUCAGAAUCCUUUCCAGCUUUCCAAACCUCCCUCCUCUAAGAUGUUAUGCAAAAUGUUCCUCUUUGAACAUAAAGUUUGUUGUCUCCAUUAAACUGAUCCCAGAGCAUCAGCAUCAAGAAAGCCACCAAAGCAGACUGCUCCUCACAGACCUGCCACAACAGCACAACAGCAUGGUCUGAAGAAGGGUUUCAGCCCAAAACGUCGCCUAUUUCCUUCGCUCCAUAGAUGCUGCUGCAUUCGCUGAGUUUCUCCAGCAUUUUUGUGUACCUUUGAUCUUCCAGCAUCUGCAGUUCCUUCUUGAACAGCAUGGUAGAGUUGCUGCCUUACAGCGACAGAGUCCUGACUACGGGUGCUGUCUGUUCAGAAUUUGUACCUUCUCCCCGUAACCUGUUUGCAUUUUCUCCGGGACUUCCAGUUUCCUCCCACACUCCAAGGAAGUACAGGUUUGUAGGUUAAUUGGUUUGUUAUAAAUGUAAAAUGUCCCUAGUGCAUGCAGCAUUGUGUUAAAACCCUGUCCCAAGGUACGAGUUCAUCCCAAGAGCUCUCCUGAGUUUAAAAAAAAUCAAACUAGUGGUAAGCACGGAGAAUGAAUGUAGUGUGUAUGUCGGAGCUCGGGGACGUCUCUUAGCGCUAACGGCAGGCACUCGGGAAGACUCGCUAAUGGGAAAACUCGUGAAGAUUUUUCAACUUGUUGAAAAAUGUCUACGAGAGCCCCGAGUACCAACGAGUGGCCAUUACCAUAAAUGUCCAAGUUUAAAUCAGGCCAAACUCGGGAGAACUCUUGGAAUGAACUCAUACCGUGGGACAGGGGUUUAAGUGUGCGGGGAUCGUAGGGCAGAUUGGACUCAGUGGGCCAAAGGGCCUUUUCCGUGCUGUAUCUCUAAACUAAACUAAAAUAUCUGGGCCUAGUUGCAAAGUGUUUUUGCGGCUAAUGGGCUGCUGUGGAAUCCACCUUAACUGGUGCUUGGACAUUGAACAUGGAAUAUAGAACCGUACAGCACAAGGACAGCCAAUAAUAGCAGUGCAGAACAUGAAGCCAAGACCAUCUCUUAUCCACCUGCACAUAAUCCAUCUUCAUCCAUUCCCUGCAUAUCUAUGUGUCUGUCCAAAAGUCUCAAGUGGUGAUUCUGCCUCAACAAUCUGAUCAAGACCCUUGUUCAAACUGAAAGUCAAGGGGAGAGAGAAACAAGAUGUGGAAGGGUACAAAGAAAAUGUAAGGUGUGAAAAGAAGAUGCUGAUCUGGAAAAGUACAAUGGCUCAUUGUUGGAUGAGGGGAAAAUGACAACGAGGCUUACAGCCAGUAAAAUGAAUCACGGGGACAGUGAAACUAGUAUGAUUAUUUUCCCGAAACUUUCAAUUGAUCAUAAUUAUAAUCAUGUAUGGACCAGGUACAGGCAGGUGGGAUUAGUGCAUCUGGGACAUGUUAGCCACUGGGGGCAAGUUGGGCCAAAGAGCCUGUUUCCAAGCUGUAUCACUCUAUGACUAUAACUAUAAGAUUUGAAAAUGCAGUUGAUUUAUUCAAUUUGCUCACCAAAACUGGCAUUGUGAACAAGAAAUGUGUUUGAUAAAAAUACAUUUGAGUUACUUGUCUUUCCGUGCAAAAUGUGUCAAUAUUUAGUGUAUCUAUUGAUACAUGGUAAAUGGUAGUGAAUUGAAGAAUGCAGUUGAACAGAGGGAUCUAGGAAUAACUGUGCAUAGUUCCAUUAAGGUGGAAUCUCAUGUAGAUAGGGUGGUAAAGAAAGGUUUUGUUAUGAUGGCCUUUAUAAAUCAGAGCAUUGAGUGUGGGUGGGAAGUAAUGAUAAAGGUGUACAAUUUUGCUCGCCAAAUUAUAGGAAAGAUGUCAACAAAAUAGAGAGAAUACAGAGAAGAUUUGCUAGAAUAUUGCCUGGGUUUCAGCAACUGUUACGGAGAAAGGUUGAACAAGUUAGGUCUUUAUUCUUUGGAGCGCAGAAGGUUAAGGGGGGCUUGAUAGAGGUCUUUAAAGUGAUGAGAGGGAUAGACAGAGUUGACGUGAAUAAGCUUUUUCCAUUGAGAGUGGGAAAGAUUCAAACAAAGGUCAUGAUUUGAGAAUUAAGGGACAGAAGUUUGGGGUUAACACGAGGGGGAACUUCUUUACUCAGAGAGUGGUAGCUGUGUGGAAUGAGCUUCCAGUGGAAGUGGUGGAGGCAGGUUUGAUUUUAUAAUUUAAAAAUAAAUUGGAUAAGUAUAUGGACGGGAAAGGAAUGGGGAGUUAUGGUCUGAGUACAGGUAGAUGGGACUAGGUGAGAAUAAGUGUUCGGCAUGGACUAGAACGGCCGAGAUGGCCUGUUUCCGUGCUGUCAUGGUUAUAUGGUUAAAUGGUUAUUGAUGCCUUCAUUUCCUCAGAACUGUACAUUUUAGAUCAUUUUAUGCGACCCCUCAUUAUCUUACACAGCAUUUUUGCUACAUGAAAUAAAUAAUUGUAAUGCUUUGUGUGAUUGAGAAUUAAAUGAUUUAUUUCUCCUGUACAUGAUUAAUUCCUGAAAUAAAGGAAACAAUUAGUUAUGCAGAAUGAUUUUUAAAUACUGAGAUUUUUUGCAUCGGGUGACCAGAGUCUGACUUCUUUGUGUAGAUG